CAGUGAGCCACUUUGACACAGCUGCUGCUUCGAAGUGUUUUAUACAGUCAGAAGAGUGACAUCUGCUGGCUGUGUGUCACAACUACAUCUAAGUGGAAGACCUGAAAAAGCCUCAGGACUGCCUGUAAUGAGGCCUGCUCUCAGUAGUCAUGUGAUUGUGGGUGUGCCGAAGCAGGAAUCGAAACUGUCUCAGAACACUUCUGCUUCAAAAGAACACACUGUGUCGAGCAAACUGGGUCGAGUGUAACAUCACUGGUGUCAUUUUGAGACAGACAGAGAGAUUUACCUUUGUCGAAAACCUUCACUGGAGGGAAAACUGGAAUACUGCUACUUGCUGCUGACACUGAAUACACAAUGGCUUCCAUAUCAGAGGAGGAUCUCUCCUGUCCUGUCUGUCAGGACAUUUUUAAAGAUCCUGUUGUCCUGUCAUGUAGCCACAGCUUCUGUAAAGACUGUCUGCAGAAAUGGUGGAGAGGAAAACAAAUUCGAGAGUGUCCAGUUUGUAAGAGAAGAUCAUCAAAGGGUCAACCACCUUGUAACCUGGUACUGAGGAACCUGUGUGAGUCCUUCAUACAGGGGAGAGCUCAGACAGGUUCAGCAGGGUCUGAAACUCUCUGCAGUCUGCACUCUGAGAAACUCAAACUCUUCUGUGUGAACCAUCAGAGGCCUGUGUGUCUCAUCUGCAGGGAUUCAAAAACUCACAAGAACCAUAGAUUCAAACCUAUAAAUGAAGUUGCACAGGAGCGCAAAGAGGAGCUGCAGGAAUCCCUGAAGCCCUUACAGGAGAAACUGAAGCUGUUUGGAAAAGUUAAAAGUAACUUUGAUCAAACAGCAGAGCACAUUAAGGUUCAGGCCCUACACACCGAGGAGCAGAUUAAGGAGCAGUUUCAGAAGCUUCACCAGUUUCUACAAGAGGAAGAGGAGGCCAGGAUCUCUGCUCUGAGGGAGGAAGAGAAGCAGAAGAGUCAGAUGAUGAAGGAGAAGAUUGAGGCUCUGAGCAGAGAGAUAGCAGCUCUUUCAGACACAAUCAGAGCCACAGAGGAGGAGCUGAGAGCUGAAGACGUCUCAUUCCUGCAGAACUACAAGGCUGCAGUGGAAAGAGUCCAGCAGCGCCCCCUGCUGGAUGAUCCACAGCUGGUCUCAGGAGCUCUGAUAGACGAGGCCAAACAUCUGGGCAACCUGGCCUUCAACAUCUGGAAGAAGAUGAAGGACAUGGUCUCCUACACUCCUGUGAUUCUGGAUCCAAACACUGCUCAUCCAGAACUCAUCCUGACUAAAGAUCUGACCAGUGUGAGAUGUGGAGAGAAACAGAAGCUUCCUGAUAAUCCAGAGAGGUUUGAAAACUUUCGUAUUGUCCUGGGCUCUGAGGGCUUUGACUCAGGGUCUCACAGCUGGGAUGUUGAGGUUGGAGACAGUACUUGCUGGUUUCUGGGUGCAGUAAAAGAGUCUGUCCAGAGGAAAGGGAGGAUACGGUCCGGACUGUGGAGAGUAGGACUCUCUAAUCGUAAAUUUAGAGCCUUCUCCCCGUCAGCCUAUCCAGUCGUUCUCCGGGUGAAAAAGAGGCUUCAGAGGAUCAGAGUUAAUCUGGACUGGGAUAAAGGAGAGCUGUCAUUCUUUGAUGCUGAUACUGACACAGAGAUACACACCUUCACACACACUUUCACUGAGAAGCUGUUUCCAUACUUUAGCAAUAGUGAUGAACUCCCAAUUAAGAUUUUACCGGAUGAGGAGGAUGAGGAGGAGGAUGAGGAGGAGGAUGAGGAGGAGGAGGAGGGGGAGGAGGAGCAGGAGGAGGGGGAGGAGGAGGAGGAGGAGGAGGGGGAGGAGGAGGAGGAGGAGGAGGAGGAGGAGGAGGAGGAGGAGGAGGAGGAUAAUAGCGAUGACAACAGUAACGAUUCUGAUGACUAUGAUGAUUAUUACGAUAAUUAUUAGGUUGUACAAACAACAACCAAUUCCUUAAAGGGAAGUGCUGUGUAAUUUUAUGAAAUGUGAUUUUAUUUUAUUUGACUGUAAAUUAAUAGGCAACCAGGAGACAGGAAAAAUAUGUGAGACAAACAUGGGACAAAGCUACCAAUUUAUCUUAUGUUAUGUUUUUUUCAUUUGCUUGUGUUGUGUCAUUUUGCAUGUGUUCUCUUUUUUUGAGGAGGGUUUCCACUGUGUCAUAAGGAGCGGAGAUGCACAGAUGUUUAACACUCUGGGUCUACAGUACUGGGAAUUUUUUAUUUACCUGCAAGCUCAUUUAAUCAGUUUGUGAGUGUCAUCAGUGAAAUGUUGUUUAAUAUAAUUGAGUAAUUUUCUUAUCAGCAUAUAAAAAAAAAUUGCAGUUGGAGUAACUUGUGUUUUCUAGUUUAUAUUGUUCUUUAUUGUUGAGGCAGUGUGAGAGAUUUUGUUUUUAUUCUGUGUAAUUUCCUUUGUUUCGAACAUUUAAUCACCUUGAUAGGAUUUUUUUUGUAACCUGCCGUGAUUGUUUGUAGCUUCUUUUGAACACAUUUAUCUGUAAAACAGAAACAAAUAAAAUGCAGAAGAAAA